AACCUAAUCUUGUAUGCUCUGCUCUUCUCGGCCUUAGCUUCACUGCCACAAAACGCAAAGUUCUUUCUCUCCUCGUCUUCCUCCAUAUGCAUAGCUCUUAAAGACACGUUCAUCUCUACUCAAAAUGGCCGUUGCUGUCAACGCCGGCUUCAGUUCUCCGCUUCAUAACAGAUCACAUCCCGUUGUAAGAUUCUCAACUCAAGUCACAACGUUAAAGCCUUCACCUUUAACGCUCCACACAUCUCCAAGUCCGUUACUUUCAAGCAAAAGUAGAUUGGUUCCAUCUUGUCUGAAGUCAAACGAAGAUUCCAUCGCAACAACAUCGGUCAACGACCCUCCUCCCUCUUCAGAUUCUUCAAGCAAACCCGUUGAACCAAGCAGCAGCAACAACAACAACGGUUCCGCGAAAAGAGCGCCGUUGACAGCAAGAGAGAGGCUAAGAGCAGCUCGUGUCCUUAGUCGAUACACGGAAGCGACACCGAAACCAUCGAAACCCAAAAUGGGGAGCCAGAUACUGGAGGUGCUCAAGGAGAGUGACAAGAAAUCGAAUAGGAAACCGGGUCUACCCGAAGCACCGACCAACAUGCUUGAUGAUAGCAAGAGAGGUAUGCCGAAGAAAGGGCUCACCUUUGAUCUACCUGGAAGCGCAGAUAUACUGGUGAUUGCUUUUUCGUUUGUGUUCAUAAGCACUGUGAUGUUUGCUACCACUUAUGUUGUCUGGAAACUUGGUGGCAUUCACUUCAAUGAAAACUAAAGGUAAGAUGUUUGGACAAGUUUCUAGAGUUUGGAAACUUAUUAAACAGAGAGUGAAAGAGUUGUAGUUGAAAGGUAUACUUGGGGGAAUGUUUAUCACUUGGCAAAGAUGGUUUGAUUGUAUACUGUGUAGUUAGUAGUACACAUAAUUUUUUUUUCACAUAA